AUGAAUAUCUUUGAAACCUAUUAUUCAGACCCACUAAUUUUAACCGAAUCUUCUUCUUCAUCAUCAUCAUCAUCAUCUGAUGAGGAAAUUAUUUUAGCUUCCAAUAACCCAAAAAGGCCAGCUGGCAGGAAGAAGUUUCGAGAAACUCGACAUCCGAUAUACAGGGGAAUCAGGAUGAGGAAUUCAGGAAAAUGGGUUUGUGAAGUUAGAGAACCAAAUAAGAAAUCAAGGAUUUGGCUUGGUACUUUUCCUACUGCUGAAAUGGCAGCAAGAGCUCAUGACGUGGCAGCUUUAGCAUUAAGGGGCCGUUCUGCUUGUUUGAAUUUCGCUGAUUCUGCUUGGAGGUUGCCUAUCCCGGCUUCCUCCAACUCUAAUGAUAUUCAAAAGGCGGCCGCUGAGGCCGCCGAAAUCUUCCGAUCAUCAUCAUCAUCAGAAGAGUCGGAAGAAAUUUCAGGAGAAUCUGAUAACAGUACUCCUGAAACGCCAGAAAAUGCAUUUUUUAUGAACGAUGAAGUGCAAGAGAGUAGCUUCUUCAUUGAUGAGGAAGCGCUCUUUUUCAUGCCAGGAUUAAUUGCAAAUAUGGCGGAAGGACUAAUGCUACCUCCACCUCAAUGUGCAGAAAUGGGAGAUCAUUAUGUGGAAGCUGAUGCCUACAUGACUUUAUGGAAUUAUUCUAUCUAAAUAGUACAAUUUCUUAAAUUACUAG